UAAAAUAGGAAACAAAGGACCAUCCAACCUCAGAUUUUCCCAAUUCUUCAGAGAAAGGGACGGGCAUAGAUUAGCUGCAGCUAGGAUCUAGCCAGUAGCUGAUGAAGAGACAAAGAGCGACGAAGAAAUCUUCUGCGAUGGUGACUGUUAUCAAUUCGAAACGAUUCGAGACGAGAAUUGUAAGGAGAUUGAUGAAGUUCGAGGAAUUGCCUGGUUAUUUGCAAGAUAACGAGUUUAUACACGACCAUUAUCGAUGCCAAUGGUCUCUCAGAGAUACCUUCCUCAGCACCUUCUCUUGGCAUAACGAGACUCUCAACAUCUGGACGCACUUGAUCGGAUUUGUGUUAUUUCUGUGGAUGAUGGUGGUGAGUUCAUUAGAGACGACGGAGCUCGGCCUCGCUGGACUCUUCAAUGGAAUGUCCGGAGCGUGGAAUCCGUGGAUAAUUAGCCUCUCAAGCAAUCAGAGUCUGCGUCAUCAUGAUUCGGAAGUGGCACAGCAUAUGUCACUGCUAAACUCUCAAGCAGAAGUGAACCAUCACAACCACCACCAAGAAGUUGUUCCGAAAUGGCCAUGGCUUGUGUACUUAGCCGGAGCCAUGGGUUGCUUGAUCUGUAGCUCAGUUUCUCACCUCCUCGCUUGCCACUCAAAACGUUUCAACCUCUUCUUCUGGCGUUUAGACUACUCAGGAAUCUCACUCAUGAUUGUCUCCUCUUUCUUUGCGCCUAUCUACUACGCAUUCUCUUGCCACACUAACUUCCGUUUCCUCUACCUUUCCUCAAUCUCAAUCCUCGGCCUCCUCGCCAUCAUCACUCUCCUCUCUCCAGCUCUCUCAUCACCACGUUUCAGACCAUUCAGGGCAGCCCUUUUCCUUGCAAUGGGAUUCUCUAGUGUGGUGCCUGCUUCACAUGUGCUUUGCCUUUACUGGGGCCACCCUAAUGUGCUCUUCGCCCUUGCUUGCGAGCUUAUCACUGGUAUCUCAUAUGCUGUGGGAGCAGUGUUUUAUGUUAGUCGUGUGCCUGAGGGAUUGAAGCCUGGAGCGUUUGACAUUGCAGGACAUAGCCAUCAAAUAUUCCAUGUGUUUGUAGUUUUGGGAGCUCUUGUUCAUUGUGUUGCCACUCUUCUCAUUGUGGAUUUUCGACGAACAUCUCUUUCUUGUGGGUUUUAGCCAGAGAGUAAGCAUUAGUUUGUGAUAUUUCAAUUCAUUUUAAGAUCUAAAAUAGUUGAUUCUACAUGGUGCUCUUAGAGAUAGAAACAAGGGCAACUGCGAUUGCAAGAUCUAUAAGACUCUGAUUACCGAGCAGAGUCUUUGUACCGUAGGGACAUCAUCAUUGGAUUACCGAACAUGUUAUAACAAGCUUUAUCAUAUUUACAUA